AUGUCUUCUUUGUUAAGGUUUAAUGAAUUCAAUUGUUCUUUUAGCCCCCCUCAGGAUUUUGAAAAGACAAAAUUUAAUAAUUUAUUCACCUAAAUCCUUAAAUUUUUCCCGCAAAGAUCAAAAUAAAUAAUCAUAUACCUGAUAUAAAAUAUUAAUUAAAAUUAAUUAAAAGAAAUAUUAUUAAAAUUAUUGAAAAAAUCAAUACUCACUUUCACUCCUUUUGCUUUGACUUAGACUUUCAGAUAAAUCCAAAUCCAAUGCCUUUUUUGUCCUUUCUCUUGGGAAUGUCGCAUAAAGUAUUCCAUUUAUGAGAAAUAAACAUCCACAAAAUAAAAAUGGCAGAAAUAUUUGAGUUUCAUAUAACUUAAAAAUAAUUACAGGGGAAAGCAACUAAGAGAUCUUAGCUACUACAUAUGUAAAACUUAAUCCUAAUGCACGAAGAUUGCUAUUGAAUGACUCAUU